AUGUGUAUCAUGUGGUUCGUAACGCACAACGACGGCCCCCGUGAGCACCUUAUCGACUACCUUCACUGCGGCCAUCUCGACUGCUCUGGAACGUUGGAGUUUCACAACAAGUGCGUGCUCGUAGAACCCCGUGCAGACUGUGGAGAGUGUCUGAAGGCAGAUGGCGAUCAGGUGGAUCAAGAGGUAUGUUCGUAUCCUGCUAUUCCGCAUUACGAAUUGGCGUACGUAGAAGGAACGGGUUGGGUCAAGGUCGCUGAGGAAGAGAAUGUUGCGGUUGGAGGACGGAACCAGGAGGAGGACGAUGACGAGGCCGGCUCAUACCACAGCUUCCGAAGCCUCUCGGACGUCGACAGCAUCACGUCACACUGGCGUCUAGACCCGCCGCGUGUCCGUCGAACGGCUCGAGGUCCGCAAGAGAACUCGCCAGCACCAGCUCCACACGCUUCUCCAGGAGUCGCGGAGCCGUUCGAAACCCGCUCCGCCCAUGAUCCGCACGAAAUGCAAGAAGUGGGCUCGCCAUUCCACGGAAACGGCUCCAACCAGGACCCGAACAUUCCAGAUGUUGCGGAAGGCCAAUUCAGCGACUCACCCAAUACGCUCAAGCACCGUCAUCUCGUCAACGGUCAGCUGAAAGAGCUGAAAAAGCUUACCAAGCGGAUGUCUCGCCAUCGGCGCCAGAACAGUGGACCCGGGCGCCAACAACAACAACACCGACGUCAAAACAGCCAGGCAGCCGGUAAUGUCGUCGCCGCACACCCUUAUGGGUUCGCGAUGGGCGCGGACGUAGUGCCUCAAGAUCUGCCAGGAGGUCAUGUGCCGCAGUACUUGGGAGUGCCUCAACCAGGCCAGGCGCCGACGUGGGUUUGGGGACCGGUUCCGCCGCCUCAUCUGAGGGGAAUGUAUCCACCUUUCUAG